UUGGCGAGUUUCGUUUUUUCUUCCCAAAUACGCGAACUGUCGUGCUAUUGUGUUGAUUUUUUUUGUAAAAGAAAGAAAAAGAUGAUUAUAUUAGUGGAUUAGUGACAGAAUUGUGGAUUAAAAUUAGCAUGAAACUAUUUUCUAAUGGAAAUGAAAUUAGUUGCCUUGAAUCUAAAAUUUAAAGAAUUGUAGAUGAUACCAUUUAAAACAGCUAAAAUUGCAAAUGUUUAUGUUAGUGUGUGCGAAAGAGGGACAAGUUAUCAAAAACGAACGUAUAUUUAAUCAGCUUUUCAUGUAAUUCCGACGCAAAAAGAAUACAAGAAAUCAAAAAUAAUCAGUCAUCGACGUAGUAAAAAUUAAGUAUUUUGAAGCAAAAAAUAUGUUUUGACGACUCAUCUCUCCAUUAUUCCAAUAAAGUAUAUCGCCAACAACAUACACUUGGAUACAGAACGGAACCUGGCGACUUAAUUUUUCAAAUCUCGUUCUCGUUGACAAGCAUAGGAAAAAAGGUUCCAAUCGAUUUUCUUGGCAUACAAAACAUGAAAAACGACGUUGUGCGAUGGCUCACAACAGGAGACGGCAAACAAUCUGACAAUCCUAAACGUUGGCUAUGUAAACAACAUCCCGCAGAAACAUCACAAACUGCAUCCUCGUUGAAGUGUCCAAACUUCGAUGAACCCAUAAUUCAGUCCAUCAGAUGUGAUAAUAAUUUAUAUUAUAUAUAUUUAGUGCAAAAUAUUUUUAAUCCCACAAAUUAUUUGGGGCGCAAAUACUUACACCAACAAAAUCGGCUGCAUGGCAGAAGUAAAAAUACAUCAAGGAAUUGUACAAUAUCAUUAUUUAAUGUUUUCACGGUGGCAUUAUUGUGUUCUAUAAAUGUUGGUUUCGUUAAAUGUGCUAAUAUAAAAAAUGAGUCAGUUAUUGAAUUAGACUCAUUGCCAUAUCAUUUGGACUAUUCGGAUGGUAGAAACAACAUAAAGCAUCAUCAUUACACGCACACCUGGGCUGUCCAUAUACCAGAUGGAGAUACUAAUGGGAACGCAGAUGUAGUAGCACAGGAGCAUGGAUUCGUCAAUUUGGGAAAGAUAUUCGACGAUCAUUAUAUAUACGCUCAUCAUAAAGUAGCUAAACGUUCAUUAACGCCUUCUGCAAAACAUCAAAGUAGGCUGGAUGAUGACGAAAGGGUGCGAUGGGCACAGCAACAAAUAGCCAAACCUCGUCGAAAACGCGAUUUCAUACGAAUGAGGCCUUCAAGAACAUCGUCUAGAUCUGCUUUCUCACGAGUUAACGCAGUUCCGUUCAAUGACCCAAAGUGGGAACACAUGUGGUAUCUGAACCGUGGAGGGGAUUUGGAUAUGAACGUUAUACCAGCGUGGAAAGAAGGUAUAACUGGAAAGGGUAUUGUCGUAACAAUAUUGGACGAUGGACUAGAAUCUGAUCAUCCGGAUAUCAUAAGCAAUUAUGAUGCCAAAGCAUCAUAUGAUGUGAACAGUCAUGAUCCCGACCCGAUGCCUCACUAUGAUUUAACGGACUCUAAUCGACAUGGCACACGUUGUGCUGGCGAGGUGGCUGCCACUGCUAACAACUCCAUUUGUGCAGUAGGAAUUGCAUACGGCGCCAGUGUUGGCGGUGUCCGAAUGUUGGAUGGGGAUGUAACUGAUGCCGUGGAAGCCCGUUCAUUGUCCUUAAACCCUCAGCAUAUAGACAUUUAUAGUGCCUCUUGGGGGCCAGACGAUGAUGGAAAAACCGUUGACGGACCUGGGGAGCUGGCUUCACGUGCCUUCAUUGAGGGAGUAACGAAAGGCAGAGGUGGUAAGGGAAGCAUAUUCAUUUGGGCGUCCGGAAAUGGUGGCAGAGAAUUAGAUAAUUGUAAUUGCGACGGCUAUACAAAUUCUAUUUGGACACUGUCAAUAUCUAGUGCCACCGAAGACGGCUAUGUGCCUUGGUAUUCGGAAAAAUGUAGUUCCACUCUUGCAACUACGUACAGCAGUGGCAGCCAAGCUGAAAAGCAGGUUGUAACCACAGAUUUACAUCAUUCGUGUACUGUGUCUCACACGGGGACAUCGGCGUCAGCGCCAUUAGCUGCAGGCAUAGCAGCAUUAGUGCUGGAGUCCAAUAAGAAUUUGACUUGGCGCGAUAUGCAACAUAUUGUUGUGAGAACGGCCAAACCAGCCAAUCUUAUUGAUCCGACUUGGUCGAAAAACGGCGUCGGACGCAGAGUAAGUCAUUCAUUUGGCUAUGGAUUAAUGGAUGCCUCCGCAAUGGUAAAAAUAGCGCGACGCUGGAAAACGGUGCCGGAACAACAAAGAUGCGAAAUUAAUGCCCCGCAUGUGGAUAAAGUUAUUCCACCCAAAAGUCAUAUAACACUGCAAUUGUCUGUUAAAAAUUGUUUAAAUAUCAACUUCUUGGAACACGUUCAAGCUAAAAUUACACUCACUUCUCAAAGAAGGGGGGAUAUUCAACUCAACUUAAUAUCGCCAGCCGGAACAAAAGUCACAUUAUUAACACCUCGCGUCCAUGAUACAUCCCAUUCCGGUUUUAACCAGUGGCCGUUUAUGUCUGUCCAUACUUGGGGCGAAUCACCCCAUGGCAACUGGCAGUUAGAAAUUCAUAAUGAGGGCCGCUAUAUGGGCCAUGCUUUAUUAAGGGAAUGGUCGUUAAUAUUUUAUGGUACUACACAAUCUAUUGAUCCGAACGAUCCUAUUUCAACACCCCGCACAAAUCUAGAUAUAACAACCCCUAAUUCUAGUUCAACUACUACGAGUCUCUAUCAGAUAUACUCUGCGCAAUAUCCACGUAUAUCGCCAAAUAACUUUGCUUAUUCGAAGGUGGGAUCAACAGGAAAAUUGGGAUCUUCCAAACUGCCGAGUAACCCUGUGAAUAUAGCAAAUAGUGUCACUGCUUCCAAUGAGACUUCGAGCCAAUUUAGUAUUGGAAAAAAAUACACAACAAAACAAGGAAGUUCAUCCUCUUAUAUACUAAGUUCCAAAAGCACAAAACAAAAUAAAAAUAAUAACAAUAAGACCAGGCCUCAAGAUAAUAGUAAGUCAAACAAAAAUGUAAGCGGCAAUAAAUCGAAAACAAAGGAUAGUAAUGCUGCGCCAACACAGACGGCCAAAAACAAAUAUUAUCGUAUAUCGCAACAGAGCAAGGUAUCCCCUUCAAAAGCAGAAAGCACCUCCGAAACAGCGAAGCCUAAAUCACCAAAAAAUCAGCAGUCAGCAGAAAGAUUGCAGUCUUCGCUUGAAUCAAAAAUGAACCGAAAAGUAAUAGGCGAUUUACUGCCCGCAUCCUCAUCAAAAAAGUUUGGUACGCCCGGAGCAGGGGAAAGCGUUGGAAAGUUGCCUAGCAAAGCAGCAAAACAAGUAAAGAAUCAAUUUUCAACGAAACUACUACCUUCUACAACCGAAGUAUCGACGCAAGCCCGCGUAAAUGCUGAAUCUAUACAACCCAAUCAACGUAUAACAAAACUUUUUGAGCGUUAUGAAAAGAUACAAUCCAUUUUCCCAGAAUUUCAACCCUAUCAGCCAGGAAUUAAAGAAAAAAUUGAUAACGGCAAUACGUCGGAGCCAAAGAGAUUAACCAAGACAGAUACCUCCGAUCCGUUGAUUUCUGGCAGCACUUCUACGAACCCAAGUGGAAGUUUUACCAAGCCUUCGCGCGAAAACAAUAGAAAAAUGUCCUCUGCCUAUGUGCCCGACCAGAAAAUUCUAAAAAAACAACAACUUCUUUUGGCAGCUGCGGGUGUGAAUAGCGGAACUCAGCUACCCAUGGGUGCAACAUUACCUUCGCCUCAAAGGAAGCUUUCUAAUGCACAAAUAACUCAAUGGGACUUAAUUUUCUUUGGUACGGAAGUACCAGCGCAACCUGAUGAUCCUUUUCCUGUGAACUCAAAGCAAUAUAGCUCGUUUGCAACGGAGAUGGAACAUAAUGAUAUAGAAUACGACUCAAACGGGCAAUGGCGAAAUAUGCAGCAGCUGGGCGAAACGAACAUGCUUAACCAUGAUCGCACAAAUACGAGCUGUCUUAAAGCAACAAUAAACCGUCAAUGUUUAGUUUGUGCUCCACCCACAUAUUUCUAUAAAGGACGUUGUUUCGAUAUGUGCCCGAUCAAUACGUACAUCGCGCAAAACGCCAUGCAUGCGGAUACGAUGACUCAUGAUAUUCUUAGUAACAAUAACAUAGAACUGGUGCCCGAUGCGGACUAUGAGGAACUCCAAGUACCAGAUCCGGAGAGGAGAAAACGUAGCAAGAGUGAAGAUGGCCCUGAGUUAUUGAAGACAACAUUGCAAGCACUGGCUUGCAAGCCAUGUGACAAAAGCUGCUUCAGCUGUUCAGGACCUUUGAAUUCAAACUGCGUCACAUGCUACAGCGGCAGCCAAUUAAGGACCCCGCACACUAAUGAAUCGUAUUGCAUUAAUUUUUCCGAACGUAGUUCGGGCAACGCAGUCGUAAAUCAGACUCCGUUCGGCCUACCACCAAUAAUAUUUAUGAUAUUUAUAGUACCUUCUGUGAUAAUUUUAAUAUUAGUUAUUAUUUUAGCUAAAAACGAUCAAAUUAAAGGCAAUCUAUGUAAGUGCUGGCGAUGCGGCAUUACAGAAUCCAACUGUAAUUACUCAUACGAUCGCGUUGCCGUAAUUGCCGAUGACGAUUAAAUACAAAACGAACAUAACAGACUUGUUUUAUAAGAACUAUUCACCUGUAUAUAAAAUAUAGACAAAGUUUUAUUUUCUUUAAACAUUUUUUGGGAUAAGAAUACCUAACAAUAUACAUUCGAAAAUAUCUGAAAUGUAGCGCACACGAUGAUUUACUUUUCUUUUUUUUCAACGUUGCAUGUAUUUUAUGAUAAAAGUGUAUUGUAUUUGAUAUUUGGUUUGACUUGCGAUUGUAACGUACAUAUAUCUGAACAAGCUUUGGCUCAACAAGAACCCGCCACACGAACGGGUCGCCUUCAAUCGGUUCAAAAAUUAAUAAUAAUAAUUAGCCACUGCAGUAGACAAACAAACCUCGAUCGGCACUGUAGUUGGUUCUGCUUACCGGGAUCAACACUAGGCCAUUUUUAGGCCAAGCACCCUAUACAAAAAUAUGGAAAUUUUAUGGAGACACUACACACUCACAAUAGUAUAAACGCUUUUUAAAUUUUAAUUUAAUGUGCGUUAAAAUUAUUUUUUUUGCGUGUUUAUUAUUACUUUUUAUAUCUCUAAACGAGCCCACCGUAGCGCACAGAUUACGCUGAACGCCUGGGUUCAAAUCCUGGCGAGACAAUCGGAACAAUCAGCGAUGGUUAUCCCCACCUAAUGCUGGCGACAUUUGUGAGAUACUACGCCACAUGAAAAGUCUUCUCCAAAGAGGCGCUGUACUCCGGCAAGCCGUACGAACUCGCCUAUAAAAAUGAGAGCAUUCAUUGAUAUGUGAAAAUGGAAUGUUCAUUGGCAAAAUUUGCAAUAUUUCCUAAAGUGAUAAAAUUCAUUUGGCUUGCAGUUUGCUCAUUUCAAAAUUGCAGUCCUAUUUUACCCCCGCUCAAGUAAAAUUGUAUGUAAUAUAGGCAAUAUGGUACUCAAAUUAAACCAUAUACUGUGCAGAACACGAAUAUGAAUAAAUGGUACCGCCAGUGUUUAAGAAGCAAUUGCAAAUUUUGCCCAUGAACAUUGAACUAAGGAACAGGGGCUAACUUCUCACAUAUCAAUGUGUGCAGUCCGAUUCAAGUUUAAGGUCAAUGAUAAGGGGCCUCCCUCUUAUAGCCGAGUCCGAACGGCGUCACGCAGUGCGACACCAUUCGAGAAGUUUCUACAUAGCAUAGUAUCUCUACCCCUGAAAAAUGUUUUUUCUGAUGGUCUCAUAAACGGACAAGCUAACCUCCGCGCUACGGUGUUUAGGCAACGCGUUUUCAAAAAUUAGUUGCGAGAAUAUAUUUAAUUCACAAAGACCAAUCCAAUCCCAUGGCAGCCGGUUGUACGCACCGGAUUGACCCGAUGGAAUCCUUCAUUGGCAAGGGCUGCCAGCACAGUGUACGUGUUCGUCUUUUUUUCGUCAUGGGACAGGCUUAUCCCGGAGUGCCUUCUCCACACGCUUCUGGUCCGUGCUGGGAUUGAAAAGAACCCCGGACCCUGGUUAUACUCGGUUUGCCAGAACCGCCUCCAUCAUCGGUCGGUGUCGGUAAGGUGUAACCGGUGCAUAGGAUACAUUUCCGAUGGGUACAUUUCCGAUCUUGCUCUGGCCUUUCAUCACUACGGGAGUAUAGUCACACCCAGCUCCAAACUGAAAACUCCCUGGGAUUAAACUCGCAGGGAAUUAAUUUUUCCCUUGAAUAAAAUCCUCCUGUUCUGAUUGAAUGGGGAGAGGGAAAUUAGAAUUUUCGAAAACAGCAGUUUCGCUUCAGCUGUUUUAUUUUGGCUUAACAUUUGACUACAAUAUUUUGGAAUAAAUAACAUUAAAAUGGAAAAAUAAGCAAAAACACGUUAUAAAGUUAAAUAGUCCCUCGUUGCAUGCGGGGCACACACUGAACGUUGGCGUUUUCCCUUGCCAAAAGAAGUUUAGGUAGCUGAAUCUAACGGAUCGUUAUGGGGUAGAACUAUUUUAGUGAGUAGUCAUGAAUGUGGUGAUGAUCUACAUGAUACGCUGCUUUAUCUAAAGACCUACUUUUAUGGAGCUAGAACUUGAAGAUCUAAUCGAUAUUUCCGGCGGCCGCUUUUCCUUGUGGUUGGGACGGCAGCUGGACAUAGUGCUACUUAUGGAUUUAUUCCUCAUCCUGUGGAGUAAAUGCUGCCAAAUGUGUCAUCAAGUAUUGUUCAAUAAUUGAUGGUCUGAAGUGCAAUGUUGCAAAUUUGGCCACGAACACUCCAUUGAGUGCUGUGGCCUCUUUUUAAUAUCCGACUCCAAACGGUGGCCACUUAGCGACAUCUCUAUACAUAUGGGUCUAAGAAUAUUAAAUAUGAACCACAUAUUUUGAUACCUAUGUAUGUAAACCAAUUCUAGAUUUCUCAUCUUUUUUUGUCAAUAAAAUUGAAAAAAUUA